AUGCAACAGUCUCUCUCUCUCUCCACCCGCGACCUCCACUUCAACAUCCCCACAAUGGCAACAAAUUUUGGUCAAGAGCGCCAGGCCCUGUCAACGUCCGCAAACGAAGACGAAUUUCCCUCUCGCAGACCGCAGCAAUUGGCGGAUUACUCGUGCACACAGACAGAAGCCGCCGACCAGGAGGCUGUCGAUGGAGGCGUACGGAAUAUGGAAGAUGAUCAAGUGCCUCAAGUGAAGAAGCCCUAUGACUUCUUCGACUUACCGGGAAACAUCCGCAACCAGAUAUAUGGCUACGUCCUCGGAGGGGCAGAUUGGGUACUAUACAGUCGCAGCAAGUUCAAAGCCAAGAACGGGAUCAAGAAACCUCUUGCUCUUUUGGAAACAUGUCGACAGAUCUACUGCGAGACAGCUAUUCUGCCGUUUAAACUGAAUGCUUUCGCGCUUCGCGGUGGUAUUGUUAAUAGCAAGACUGCUGUACCGCGACCCGGUAGAUUACACAUUCAUGGCCUGCGGCCAAAGAAAAAUCCACCUGACGGCUGUCGGUUUGUCAAGAAGCUCCUCUUGGAGGAUUGGCCGCAAACGUGGGGGCGUGAUGAGGAAGAGACAGCUUCCAGUUUGCUGGGUCAAUUUUCUGCUGUGGAAUCCAUUCAUAUCAACAGCCAUGGAGGACAACCAACAGAUGAGAUGAAAUGGUUCAAAGACCAUGGUAGAUUCAUCUUGAAGGUUCUCCGACUACAACCCGCAGUUGAUUCUUGGAUCUUGACAAUUGCCAUGGUAGAGCGCACGUUUACAAUGGACGAGCAAAAAUGGGCGGAUUUUGAUAGGGUUGUUCAAACCUGGAACUGGAAAACUGAACAAAUGUUCAGGAUUCGAGCCAGUUUCGCAAAUACAGUAAGGGCUCGAUUACGACAGAGAAUAGAUGACGAAGAUUCUGACAACGAGCUAUCGGGAGCUUUUACAUAG